AUGUCCUCGACAGCUACAGCUACAGAAACCCAAACGGCCACAAAGCCGGCCAGUGCAGCCAGAGACAAUCUCACCAUAACCUCGGGAAAACCAGAAUUCAAGGCGUUCCCGAAGCCGCCAGUCUUCGAAGAUAAAUAUAAAGAGCGGGAGUAUCUCAAAGGAAGACUGGCCGCCGCAUUCCGGAUCUUCGGCAAGAACGGUUACGAUGAAGGAGUGGCAGGCCAUAUCACAAUCAGAGACCCUGUUGACGCGACUACAUUCUGGGUCAACCCGUUCGGGGUAGCAUUCUCCCUUAUCAAAGCAUCUGAUUUGAUCCAUGUUGAUCAUGAGGGAAAUGUUAUUGGCGGUGGGGAGGUCCGAUUGCUGAAUACCGCCGCGUAUGCAAUUCAUUCCGCCAUCCACACAGCGCGACCCGAUGUUAUGUGUGCGGCUCAUAGCCAUAGUAUCUACGGUCGCUCAUUCUGUGCCCUUGGGAAGCCCCUGGACAUCAUAACACAAGACUCUUGCGCUUUUUACAAUGACCUUGCCGUCUACAAACAAUUCAACGGGAUUGUCCUAGCUGCAGAAGAAGGGAAGAAUAUCGCGUCCGCCUUGGGAAAUAAAAAGGCGGCUCUUCUUCAAAACCAUGGGCUUCUCACGGUGGGGAAGACUAUCGAAGAGGCCGUAUUCUGGUUUGUCAGCCUGGAAAAGUGUUGUCAUGCUCAAUUGAUGGCCGACGCUGCUGCCAUCGGAAAAGGAGGAGAGACGAUCAAGAUUCCCGACGAGGACGCCGCGUUCACGUAUAAGUCAGUUGGAACCCCGUUUGCGGGGUAUUUCAGCGCAAAACCGCUUUUUGACGUGAUCCACAAGGAGACGAACGGCGACUAUCUGCAGUAACUCGGGGGGAGGGGAGUCAUCAGCAAGAGUGGGUUGGGGAGGCGUCAAUCACCGGUAGUGUCAGCUACGCAAGUGUUGCGCAAAGUUUGUUCCUUGCACAGAGGAGAAUUCUUGUGCUCUCGACCGUGGGAGCUCUGGGAGUCUAUGGGAAGCGUCUAGAGGGACCGAGCGAUGUAGAUAUAUACGGAGUACAUAUGCCGUAGUUAUGCACACACAAAAUGCAU